AAGAGUGCUCAGAGACCGAUCCCCUCUGGUGGUGACUUGGGCCAUCCUUUUAGACGUCUGCUGAGAACUCUCCAUCUCCCAGCUCUCAGAAUGUCAGUGCUGAUUGGCCGGCCAGGUGGCUAUUGCCUGAGAAGACUCAAGUUUUUUUGUUCUCUUUAAGCCCAAACAAAUAAGCCACAAGCAAGCCUGUUUGAUGGAUUGCGCUGCUUCUCUGCAAUCAUCUCGGUGCAGUUCCUGAUUCACUCUAAUGUGCCAGUUCUUCUUCAAUACUUGCUGAAUAAUGAUUAUGAACAAUUGUUGAUCUAUAGCGCGUUUGAGAGCACUUCAUCGGGUAUAAAAGGCAAGGGAAGGCAUUGCCUUCUCAAAACAGCAGCCUGGCCCACCCAUUCUCCGCCCCCAGAAUGCCUACUGUACGCAUAUUGGGGGGGGAGUGUAGCUGCCCCCGAGUGCCUGCACUCCCUGUGUUCCCGGGGAGGCUGAGGCUGUGCACCCUCCUCCCUUGCCAUGCUGCUGGGAGGGGCGGCUUUGCUGUUUUGGGGCAGGGCCUGGACAGAAGAGAGGGGCCUGGGGUCGGGGCUAGGGACUUGCUUCCCCCAGUCCUACUUUCACCCACCAUCCAUGCACUUUAUACUGAUCAGUCAAUGAAUCACUAGGGGUUGGAGCAGAGGAGUGGGUGUGUCAGUGACAUCACAAAGGCCUGUUGCAGGACCUCAGCCUAUUGGGGGACAGCGGUGGGGAGGUGGUGACCUCACAGAGAGACUCUGACAUCAGCCAGGCAGGACAGAGGUGGAAGGCGGGGCGACUUCAGAGACACCCCCCCUUAAGGCUUGGUGAGGGGCCGCCCCAAAGGGGUGGGGCUGGAACUGCUCUGAGACCCUUUUCCUGUGGUGGUGACCUGGGCCAUCUUUUGGGAUGCCUGCUGAGACCCCUCAGUCUCCCACCUCCAGCAGAGGGACCUGGGGAGAGACUCCGGACCCGGGGGAGAUUGGGAGCUGACGGUAAAAUGCUGAGGGAGCCCCCCCUUACCUUCCAUUAGAGCUCAGCACAGUUCCCCAAACUACAGAGCUCAGUGGCUUCACUGCGACUGUCCAUCAGUGACCCAGCCAUGGACACUGGCUGGCAGGGAGGGGAUCUACCGGCUCUACAAACAGCUGCUCUGCCAGAGGUAAGGAAACCCCCUGGGACAUGGGCCCCAGUAGAAAAGUGACUCUGACAGAAGCCGGCAAUGGGACCCCAGAAGAAACGAUCCACCUGCCCUGUGAGACUGUCCCCCACCCCCCGGGUAAUUGAAACUCACCAUAUUCUCUGACAUUGGCCCCAGCUGGAGGAUGAGUCUGUCUCUCUCCUUCUCCCCCUGCUCCAUUUAGGAUCAACCCCCCUCCCCAGGCACCAAGGACACUCCACCCACCCUAGGGAGCCCUGCUACUCUGUGGGGCCAGGGAUGCACCACAAUGGGAGUGGAAGAACACGGCCACCAACACCGGACCGAGCAAUUGGACACCGAGAAGCUGGUUUGGAGUAAAUAACCAAGCAAGAAACAAAACCACUCAUCAAAGGCAACAGACCUGGGUCGUCAGCAGAUGGAAUCGAACCUGUGACCUCAGGGACUAAAGCCAUGAAUUGCUACUGCAUGAACUAAAAGCUAACUGCUUUGCAGCAAAGGCUGGAGGGUGAACCUCAUUCUUCCUUCUCUGUGGGCUCAAUGCCUCUUAGGACACAGGAAUUCCGAGGAGGGAAAGAACAUGGCUGCUCACCAAUUCACCAAACGCACGGGGUCCAAGCAAGCCGAUUGAGCCUGGAGCGCCAGACCGUAGGAGGCCACGAAAGCAGCCAAGCACCUCACCUGGCAAAUGUGAGGACCUCAGCUCCGCGUUAAUCAAGCUGAUGCACGCGCAGAAAGGGAGCUCACAUCGACACUCGGAUGAAUGCAUUUUGAACUCAGAACAAGCUGGGGCAAGUGAACCACAGAACGGUUACGUGGCUUGGUCAUGGCUAUGCCAGAUUUGGGAAGAGAAUCCAGGAGACCUGAAUUCCCAUCCUCUGCACUAACUACUACAUCACACUGCCUCGGCGUCAAAACAGAAUGAAGGUCUAGCAGUGGGGUCUUUGCCCCGGGCGGGCCGGCUUCAGGAUGGAUUCUCUCUUCCCCGCCCAUAUUCUGGAAGACCCUGACCUGAGGAAACUGCUGAACGACUCCUCCAUGUUCAACCUGAGCUUCCCCAGGAAUUGGUUUAACAACGGCACCGGGGACAGCUUCCUGCCGCUGGGCAUCAAGAUCACCAUUGUGGUGGUCUACUCCAUCGUGUGCAUCGUAGGCCUGGUGGGCAACUGCUCGGUCAUGUAUGUGAUCAUCAGAUUCACCAAGAUGAAGACAGCCACCAACAUUUACAUCUUUAAUCUUGCCCUGGCCGAUACCCUGUGCCUGAUUACCUUGCCCUUCCAGGGUACGGACACGUUCCUUGGGUUCUGGCCCUUUGGAAACGCCCUCUGCAAGAUCGCCAUCUCCAUCGACUACUACAACAUGUUCACCAGCACUUUCACCCUGACGAUGAUGAGCGUGGAUCGCUACAUUGCCAUCUGCCACCCCAUCAAAGCACUGGAUAUCCGCACCCCGCACAAGGCCAAAGUGGUCAACAUCUGCAUUUGGGCCUUGGCUUCAGUCUUUGGGAUCCCAGCUAUGGUGAUGGGCUCAGCUGAGAAUGAAAAUAAUGAGAUUGAUUGCCUAAUUAAGCUGCCUACACCUGUGGAUUACUGGGAUCCAGUCUUUGGCGUUUGUGUCUUUCUCUUCUCCUUCAUGAUCCCUGUGUUGAUCAUCACCAUUUGCUACAGCCUCAUGAUCCGGCGUCUUAAGAAUGUCCGCGUCCUGUCGGGCUCCAAGGAGAAGGAUCGGAACCUGCGCCGUAUCACUCGAAUGGUCUUGGUGGUGGUUGCUGUCUUCAUUAUUUGCUGGACCCCCAUUCAGAUUUUCGUGUUAGUCCAGUGCCUGGGCGCCAAGGCUGAGAGCGAGCUCGAGUUAGCCAUCUCCUGCUUCUGCACUGCCCUGGGCUAUGCCAACAGCAGCUUGAACCCUGUCCUCUAUGCCUUCUUGGAUGAGAACUUCAAGACAUGCUUCAGAAAGUUCUGCUUCCCCACUGCCUUCAGAACGGAGCUCCAGAUGUCCAACCGGAUGUGCAGCAUCGCAAAGGAUGUGGUUUAUGCCUGCAAGAACUCAGAGGGGACUAACAAUCCCGCAUGACUAGGCAUGGAACUGCCCAUGGUGCCUGUCAGCCAGCAAAGCCCAACGACCCCCACCUCGGAGCUAACUCAGAUCACAGCUGUGUAACAGGAGCUUUCUGACCCAGCAUUGGAGACUGGACUCCUCGGAGGCCAUCUGGGGUCUGGGCAAAUUAAAGAACUGCAAGAGCAUGCAGAUAAGUGAGCCAUUUGACAUCUUUCUAAUUGCACCAUUCUCCCAGUUAAGUACUAUAUUUCAACUUAACCCCCCCUGAAGUCUUAUGAGCCACUAAUGUCAUGCACUUUGCAUACGGUUCUAAAGAAUUCAGGCAUUCAAGAGUCAAACUCAGACUUCGCUCUUGAGGGUUCUUUUGCCGUCGAGGCUGGAAAGCAGACAGAAUGCUAAACAACUUUCCUUGCCUGAGUUAUUUCAGUGGAUCAUCAAAUACUAUGGGUUGCCAUGUGCUGGGGUAUGAAUUUUAUUCCAGCCACGUCUCUCUGAAAUGAGGCUUCGCUGACGCCAAGGGGAGGAAGAGCAGUGAAACAAAACAAAGAUCAUUUCCAGAAUUACUUAUGAUGGGUUGUUUGUGCGUGUGGGGGUGGGGAGAGUUUAGACACGCCAACCAGAGAAGAAAGAAGAUUAGACAGCGACACUACACGGCUGGAUAGCUCAACUCGCAGCCACUCCAGGGGAAGUGGGCAGCUAGCACUGAAGGAACGCACAAAAUCAAAUCCUACCCUGCAGAGGUGCAGGGCAGGGCAUAUUGAGGGGUGUGACAGGACUAAAAAAUGACAACCAGCUCAGAAGGGGUGGAAGGUGAGACAAAUCAAACCAAUGUCAAUUCAGAGGAAAGAGCUGCGAUUGCUUUUUCUAUAUUUUCAUUGUAACAAUGGAUUGCACUUUGUGUGUGGGUGUUUGUGUAGGUGUGUCUAUGCUCUCAUAUCAAUAUAAAUAUAGAAUUAAUAUUUCAACUUGCCAGACAUUUCCCAGAGACAGUUCCCGAUGGAGUCGAGAUGAAAGGUGACAUCGAUGGAGCGGCUUAAGAUGAGAAGACGUUUCUAGUUAUUUAUUGUGAUGGCUGUCCUGAAGAAAGCCCUGCUAUUUUGACAGCAAGACAGCUGAAAAUGCACCAGGUUCUUCUGUUCUCCUCCCUCCUGCUCUCUGUAGUAUGGACAAACAGUUCUAUAAGCCGACUGGCUGAAUGGGGUGGCAGACUGAAUUCUGGAAGAUGGAGCCUUCUGGGCAUACUCCUCCAAUCAGUUCAUGGGUCCCACUGUUCAGUUGUGCAUUGAUUUUGUAUCACAACAGACAGUGACCUAAGAACAUAAGAACGGCUGUACUGGGUCAGACCAAAGGUCCAUCUAGCCCAGUAGACUGUCUGCCGACAGUGGCCAGCACCAAGUGCCCUGGAGGGGGUGGACCGAAGAUAUCGAUCAAGCGAUUUGUCUCCUGCCAUCCGUCUCCAGCCUCAAACAGAGGCUAGGGACAUCAAGUGAAAUCAUCUGCCCUGUUGCGUCAUUCAAAAAUUAAUAAAUUAAUUCUAUAUUUAUGAGGAAUAAACCACUCGGCUUUCCCUCCACGGUGCCUGUGAAAGUGGAACCUUUUCCUUCUGUAGCACUAGAGAUCAGGAGACUCUUGGGAGGAGCAGGGAGAAGGCCAAAAGCUUCCUGACUGGCUGAAAGCAAUGGGGCUUUUUUAAAAAGUUUGAGAUGGGCAGUGGUAGGCUCCAAAGGAAAGAGGCAGCAAUUCUUGCACUUCAUCCCGAUUGUACAGAUUUCCGUGUGCUCUGUUCUGCAAAAUGAUGUAUUUUUAAUGUGUUGAUAUGCUGACAUUUUGAUGCUGCGCUGUUCUUUAUAUAUGCUGGAUGAGAACAGUGUUAUCUUUCUAUGUAAAAUGUUUCUCUCUUGGCAAGGCUUGGAGUACAAUUAAAAUUCCUAAGUCACGCACCUAGGAACCAGACCAGUUGUAAACUAUGUGAAAUUGUGCAUGGGCUAGGAUCCAGAAGGAAUCUCUAGCGUUUGUCAUGGGAUGUAAAGGGACUCAGUAGAAAACUUGAAAUUAUUAUUUUCUGUUAAGAAUUGAGGGGGGGGGAAACGACAGGCCCAGAAAGUAUUUUGCAAUGCUACUCCCCAAACAAUUGCACUAGCAAUGAGGGUUGAUGUGAUUACCCAGGAUAAAAUAUGAAGCAUGCAGAGGAGUAACACAUUAAAACAACAUAUCUUAAAGCCAUUGCUGGCAAUUUACAUUCAUACCUUUGGAAGAUAAAAGUAAGUUUUCUUUUGUGUUGUCUUUUUAAUGCAUGUAAUAACAAUACUACUAUUCAUUGAGGAAUCUUGACUUUACGUAACCAUUGGCCAUCGCCUCCAUUGACAUGGUCACGUCUUGUACACAACGUGUAAAGAGAUUGAAAUGAAUGCACAAUCAGAAGUGUUAUGCAAGGACCUAGCCAAAGGAGAUUUUUGACAGCAGAGGGUUCAGUUAGUGCCUGAUAAAAGGGUCCCAAUGAACUCCUUUUAUAGUUCUUGGUGGGAUUAUUAAUUAUUUUUACAGAGCUUUUUAAAGAACAACUCUGUGGUUCCUUCGAUCAUUUAAGAUGACACACACAGAUGUAUGUAUUUAUGUUAAAAGUUAGGUGGCUUUUUUAAAUAGAAAUGCAUUUGUUAUCUUAGCCGAUGCGCAACAAUCCUACGGAAACAACGUACUCAGUAAAUGUCUGCCUACUUAGCUUUUGGAUGAUUUGUGGCCUUUGCUGUGAGUGUGUUAUGCGUUCUGAUUGAUGCUUGAUGGAAUUUACUCAAAGAAGAGCAACUCUGAUGACUAUAGAAGCUUUAUGGUACGGUGCCUCUGGAAAGAAAGGACUGGCUGAAAUGCAAGCUUGUUAGUUGUCUUCUGAAAUGGUUGUGCUGGUAUAAUUGAGCUUAUGACUAUUGCAAUAUAAAUGGCAUUUUCCUGUGUGGUUACUCGUGCUUUAAUAAAGGAAAAUAAACUCCUGCACUUGGAACGAUGUAGAAUGUGAUGGCUUAAUUCUGCGACCUGCCUGGUUGAUGCCACAGUGAAACUACUGGACUAUUUGCACUUUAACACAUCAGUUUAUUUAUAGGAUAGUAGCCAUUUGUGAGUCAAUCCCAGUCAGUAAUAUUAAUGCCCGUGGAAGUCAAUGGGAGUUUUUUGAUGCUGUCUUCACUUGACGCAAGGCAACCUAGAUACAGC